AUGAAGGAUCCUCAAGUUGAAUACAAACCGAGGGAAACAUGGCGGAUAAUGAAAAACGCUAUCAUCAUCAGCAUAGCUUUCAUGGUGCAUUUUACUGCCUACAGUGGCGCAGCAAAUCUUCAAAGCUCCAUCAAUGCGGAGUCCGGUCUUGGUACAGUCUCCUUAGCGGCGGUGUACGCUGGUCUUAUAUUCUCUAAUAUAUUCCUACCUGUUGUUAUUAUCAAAUGGCUGGGCACAAAGUGGGCGAUAUCUCUAUCCUUUAUAACUUAUAUGCCGUACAUAGCUGCACAAUUGUAUCCAACUUUUUACACACUCAUACCAGCUGCUUUGAUAGUUGGUUUAGGAGGUGGACCUUUGUGGUGCGCCAAGUGCACUUACUUGUCUGUGGUAAUGAUAUCAUCUGGUGAUAAUGUGGCGGCUGUGACAACAGUCAACGAUUCUUUCAUACCUCAGCUCUGCGGAGCCAACUUCCUACCCACCAAAGACGCGGGACAGGCUCUGCAGCAACAACCUCCAGAGAAGAUACAGAUGAUAGCCGGCAUUUAUUUGGCGUGUAUGGCCGGUGCCGCACUCAUUGUUGCUAUCGGCGUGGACUCAAUGAAAAGGUAUAAGACAAGUCGUAGCGAGACCGGUUCCAGUCUCACGGGCAUGGCGCUCCUCGCGGUCACAGUCAAGUUACUGGUGGAGCCAAACCAACUCAUGCUGGUUAUCAUUAACAUCUUCGUGGGCAUGCAGCAGGCUUUCUUCGGGGCUGAUUUUACUGCGGCGUUCGUUUCAUGUGCCGUUGGUACGGGAACUGUGGGUUUUGUCAUGAUGGCCUAUGGUUUGGCAGACGCUAUUGGAUGUGUCGUGACUGGAUAUUUAGCUAAGUUAACUGGUCGUAUGCCUAUGAUCGGUAUGGCUACGGUCCUACACAGCCUCUUAUUGAUAUCGCUGCUGGCAUGGAGUCCACAACAGCACCAACUAUACAUUAUGUACAUCAUCGCUAUUUUGUGGGGAUUUUGUGAUUCUAUAUGGCUGGUGCAGAUCAAUGCCUACUACGGAAUUCUAUUCAAAGGUAGAGAAGAAGCUGCAUUUUCUAACUUCAGACUUUGGGAGUCAGUGGGCUACAUCAUCGCAUACAUCAUAUCACCGUUCUUGAGAACCAGUAUCAAGACUUAUAUAUUGAUUAUAGCUAUGGUUGUAGGAGUAGUAUUCUACUUCAUAGUGGAAUAUAGAGACAGAAAGGCCAAAAGAUUGAUAGAAAUAGAGGAAAAGAAAACAAGAAAGGCGAAAUAUUUGGCUGGUCAAGAAAAUACAGCUUAUAUUCAAGGAGAAUAA